AUGGGGCGGGGCGGGACGGGGCCGAAUGAUACAUUCACAUAUGAAUCACCACUUAGUUUAUUCCCUUCCCCGUCUCGGAUCCCUGCCACAACCAUGAAAAAAGAUCCAAUUUCCGCUACAAGGGUUAGACAUAAUGAAGCAAAACAGAAAGAUGAAAAGACACACAAUCAUGAACUUUGCUCUUCUUUUGUGAAUCUUCCACUCCAUCUCACUACUCACAGUUUCCUUCAACUUCCAAUUAAGUCUCUUCUCAGUUGUAAAUGUGUCUGCAAAGAUUGGAAAACUAUGAUUUCAGAACCACAUUUUACUAAACUGCAUUUUGAACAAUCACGGAAUACUCUUAUGAUCCGAACCAACGACUAUGAUCGAGUAUCAAGAACCUUAUAUCUCCUUGAAUGUGAACCGGAAAAGUUUGACAUUGGAAGUGAUAAUCGCGUGAAGCUUGAGCCUAUAUGCACGCUUCCUCUUCGUGAUGACAAGUUAUUUAGAGAGGAGAAAGGAUACUCGAUCAAGAAUAUUUUCAAGUGUGUUAUUAGCGUUGCGAGAUUAUUUUGGGAGAAAAGGGAAACCCUUUAUAGUUCUUGCAACCGUAAACAUGGUAAGUUUGAUAUUGUGAAUUCUUGUAAUGGCUUACUUUGUUUGUGUGAACCAUCUACAGAAAACCCUAUAGUGGUUUGCAAUCCAGUCACUGGGGAGUUUAUAAGACUUCCUGGAGCUAGUAUGAGUCCUUCUAGGUUAAACACAGCACGUGUAAGAGCGCAUGUAUAUGCUAGUCUUGGUUUCCAUCCUAAAGAUAAUGAAUAUAAGGUGAUAAGAAUAUGGACUAAACAUGUCAGACGCGCCAAUUUUUGGGUGUCUGAACGUCUCACGGUUGAUAUACACACAUUUGGGACGUCAUUAUGGAGAAACAUUGAAGUGGAUCCUCAAAUUUCUAUUUUGAGACUUAGCGAUCCCACUUAUAUUAAUGGUGUAGUUCAUUGGAUAGAGUUUAAAGGUAUAAUAUUGUGUUUCUGUUUUGAAACUGAGAAGUUGAAGACAUUUCCUUCUCCUCCGGGUAUGGUUAAAAAUCAUGCAAAUGGAAUUUAUAAUUACUUGCGUAGAAUGGGAGAAUUGAAGGGAAUUCUUUACAUUUGUGACUCGACCAAUUUCUCUAAUAUUACAAUGUGGGUUAUGAAUGAAUACGGCAUUGGAGAGUCAUGGAGUAAGGUUUACAACAUUCCUAACUUGCCUAAUCCGCUUCAAUGGCAUUAUGGAUAUUGUUUCCCAAUAAAACAGUUUGAAGAAAGUGCUGCAUUGUUGUAUAAUUGUUUGGAUUGUUUUUUAUACUAUGAACCUGAGAAAUAUGGAUUCAAAAUGUUUCAAAUUCAUGGGUCUGGUUCACAGUAUUUCGAAGUAAUUCCACAUAUUCCAAGUCUAAUCUCAUUAAAGGAUGCUGUUAAAGGAGACAAUAUUAAGGUGUUGAAUUUCCACUCAAGGUAUGCGAAGUUUAAAUUGCAGGAAGAAAAUGAGAUGAAUUCUUGUAACCUUGAGGUUGUGGAUGAGGUUGAGGCUCAACAUAGGCUUGCUGGUAUUGAUCUUUGUCCAGCAGUGUUUAAUGGAUGCAAAAAUGUUGGCAAUGUUGCAGGAUGGCGCUAUAAUGAGAGACCAGAUAUAACGUCUUUGUUUCUUGCUGUGGAAUUGACUUGCGAAAAAAGACUGAACCCUCUCGAGUUUCUUUCCAUCCGGAAAGGUUUGUCAAGGAUGUUGUUGCUUUUUGGAUGCCGGUUCCGUUGCGGUUUUCGAUACAUUGUUGUGGAAUUUGGAGGAACCAAACUAAUUCAAGAGGUUAAGGUUUUGGUUCAAAUAAGGCUUGGUGAUUGUGGUUUCAUGACGCUUGGUUUGUGCAAUGCAUGGAACUUGCCGUAUGACUUGAUUUGCUUACUUGAUAUGCUACUAGAUAAUAGUGCUUGUGUAUGGCUUCUUGGUCAUGAGCACAUGAAAGAUGACGUUGGAACAAAGGGCUUGCAACAUGACAUUGAAAUCGGAAGCAACUUGUCUUAUGGAAUUGGAUUGACGCUUAAAUUAGUGUAG